CCAUAUCUAUGGGCGCAGUCGCUUUAUGUGAUAUGUUGCUUGCUUUACGAAGGAUUCCUGAGCCCUGCCGAACUAGACCCUCUCAGCAGACGAUUGUCAUCUCAUGAAAAACGGCCGCCAUGUGAAGUUCAAGUGACAAUCCUGGCCAAAACUACGGAGGUACAACGCGAACUCCGUGCGAAUGGAAUCAACGUUCAACGGAUUGACGAGAUUGAUCCUGUGUUCACUAUAUUACCUGCUUCGUCUCUCGCUGAGAUUCAUUCGAGAAUUGGGCAAUCGAAGAAAUUGCGCUUAAGCGGACGCCCGUUAGAUCGAGAUGUCGGCCUGUUGAGUACAAGUCGUUUAUACCAAAUUGGGCAGAAGUUUGUAAUUUUCACACCCCAGUUCAUGGACAGCCGUCGAUCUCACUUGAUGUAUGAUAUCCGUAUAUUAAUGGAUGAAUGGAGUUCGGAGCUGCAAUACAUAUAUGCGUCGUGGAAUUCGGUUAGCAUCAGUGGAAGGCCAUUAGUUGUUCUGGUUGUCAACAGCGACAUGCUGACUACGGUAUAA